AGAACACUACCCCGUCACUUAACGGCGAAAAGAGAACCAUGCCUGGGAUACUGCUAGGAGACGUGUUCCCUAACUUCGAAGCCGAGACAACCAUCGGCAAGAUCAAAUUCCAUGACUUUUUAGGAAACUCGUAAGUGCUACUUUUGUAGGCUAAAGAAGUCGGUGUGAUUGCGUACUCAAUUGCAAACAGUAGCCUAAUAAUUUACUGAUUGUGUGUUUGUGUAACAUUGGAUGUACAGACAAUAACAGACUUGGCUGAACGUCCAUUGCCACGAGCUCAGUGUGAAAUUUGUCAUACACGGAAGAAUUGCAAACAGUAGCCUAAUAAUUUACUGAUUGUGUGUUUGUGUAACAUUGGAUGUACAGACAAUAACAGACUUGGCUGAAUGUCCAUUGCCACGAGCUCAGCGUGAAAUGUGUCAUACACGGAAGACACAAGCGUCAUAUAACAUGAUGGUAAUUAUAGACGCUAAGCACCGGUCCAGGACCAGUUUCAUGUAACGCCGUAGUCCAUGUCAUAUGGAAAGCGAAUUUGAACAACAUUACUGGGCUGAUAAACAACGGUUUGUUACAACAUAUGUUGUCCUCAAUUUCCAUUGAAAUAAUGUAAGACACUCGUAAAAUUAGAUUUGUAUAUAAAGAAUUCCUGUUUUUAACAUAUACACACUUGACUGUGCCCCGGUUUCCGGAUAGCGAUGUUUAUUUUAUUUUUGGUAGAUUUUUUUUGUUUUAAAUUUUUUGUUUUACAAAACGAUACAAAGUACAAAUUACAUAUAAGGCACAAAUAUUCAUUAUACAAAUGAUCAGCAAUCAACAACUGACAUGUCUAACAUAAAACAAAACACAGGUAAAAACAAUAAAAUACUUUAAAUACAUAUUUGUUUUUGAAAAAAAUAAAGUGCAAUUGUAUUCACUCAGAAAAAUCUCAUAAUGAUUCAAGGAGAUGCUAGUAACUGUGAAUAAUGUCUAAACAAGAUGGUUAAAUUAAAUCAGACAUUUUUGUAAUUUUGUUAUGGAAUUCAGGAAUUUAUGUUUGUGUAUAAAGUAUUUGGCAACGAGAAAAAAGUAUAUGGUCUUGUUAUCAUUGCAAUAGUAACAUAUGAUAUCCUUCAUGUCAAAAACAAGGGUAGUGUUCAAAAAGCUAAAUAUGUUUUCUGCAAGGUUUUCCCAAAACUCUAUCACAGAUUUACAUUCAUAGAACAAGUGUGUAAGCAGAAAACGCAGAUAUCAUCAAUGUCAACAAAUUUGGAUAACAUAGAAUUACAUGUGUAUAUACACUACCAGUCAAAAGUUUGGACACCUACUCAUUCAAGUUUUUUUUUUUUUUUUUUUUUUGACAAUUUUUUACAUUGUAGAGUAAUAGUGAAGACAUCAAAACUAUGAAAGAACACAUAUGGAAUCAUGUAGUAACCAAAGAAGUGUUAAAUAAAUCAAAAUAUAUUUUAUAUUCUUCAAAUAGCCACCCUUUGCCUUGAUGACAGCUUUGCACACUCUUGGCAUUCUCUCAACCAGCUUCACCUGGAAUGCUUUUCCAACAGUCUUGAAGGAGUUCCAUAUAUGCUGAGCACUUGUUGGCUGCUUUUCCUUCACUCUGCCGUCCGACUUAUCCCAAACCAUCUCAAUUGGGUUGAGGUCGGGGGAUUGUGGAGGCCAGGUCAUCUGAUGCAGCACUCCAUCACUCUCCUUCUUGGUAAAAUAGCCCUUAGACAGCCUGGAGGUGUGUUGGGUCAUCAAGGUAAAGGGUGGCUAUUUUGAAGAAUCUCAAAUAUAAAAUACAUCUUGAAUUGUUAAACACUUUUUUUGGUUACUACAUUAUUCUAUAUGUGUUAUUUCAUGGUUUUGAUGUCUUCACUAUUAUUCUACAAUGUAGAAAAUAGUAAAAAUAAAGAAAAACCUUGGAAUGAGGUGGUGUAUCCAAACUUUUGACUGGUACUGUAUCUUAUGCAGAAUCUUAAAGUGCACUUCCUUACAUUUGUUUGGUAUACAGUAUUUGUAAGGCAUCAACCAAGCUUUUUUCCAGACAAUGUCAGAAAUAAACAUGUUCCCAACAAAACUUCCGCUAGGUGUAAAUUGGUUCCGUGAAUGGAAAAUGUGUCUUUAUGUAUUUGUUACAAGAUUUCUCAAGUAAACCCAUGCCUUCCAGGCUGAGUUCUGGAUAAACUCUGUGAUCAUCACCAAAGCUAAGAUGAGUUUUCAUUAGUGUAGUUAGACCGCUGUGAAUGGCGUUGAUCACAUAAAUAAAUUCCGAAAGGUAUUGGAAAAACAUUUUUCUAUAUUUUAGUCAUUUAGCAGACGCUCUUAUCCAGAGUGACUUACAGUUAGUGCAUUCAUCUUAAGAUACAGUAGCUAGGUGGGACAACCACAUAUCACUUCUGCUUCUGUACUCAAGAAAGUAGCUAUCAGUAGUCAGAGCUAGAUUAAAACUAAAUGUUUCUAAAUGUGAAAUCGUAUGUUUAUAUGACUGAUAAAGAAAUAGAAAAUAUUCAUUUUAAAGGACUGUGGUAAAUAUUUAGGAAUACAUCUAUCUAAAAAUCACUUAAUCAGACAAUAUAAUAAUUUCUCUCCUAAAAUUAAGAACCAAGAAUAUAUUUAAUAAUCUAUCUAUACUUGGGAGAGUGCUUCUGUCCAAGGCAGAGGGAUUGUCUCGCUUUGUGUACAUUUACAUUUUACAUUUUAGUCAUUUAGCAGACGCUCUUAUCCAGAGCGACUUACAGUUAGUGAGUGCAUACAUUAUCAUUUUUUAUUUUGUACCAACUGCUGUCUUCAUUUGUAAAUUCAUCUACCUGUAAAGAGAUCAACAAGACCUUUCUUGACAUCAUCUGGAAAAAUAAGUCUCUCAAACUGAAAAAGUCAGUUCUCUCAAAUAAGAGGUCUGGAAAUGUUGGAUUUUGUUAACAUAAAUGACAUUUUCAAGAUCAAUUGGUUGAAAAUAUGUUUGGUCAAUACAGAAUCAAUUUGGUAUUUCAUUCCAAACAAUGUGUUUAAUAAGUUGGGAGGUCUUCCAUUUUUACUGAAAUCGAAUUAUCUUCCUGAAAGAUUACCCGCCAAAUUGGCUAGGUUUCACCAACAAGCUUUAAUGUCCUGGAAAAUAUUUUCCCAGAAUAAGACUCUUUUGUGGAAUAAUUCAGACAUAACUGUAAGGAAUAAGUCAUUGUUCUACCCUAGCUGGCAUUAAAAUAAUAUUAACUUUGUUCUUGAUGUGUUCGACAACUAGGGGUAAUAUUCUUUCAUAUGAACAAUUUAUAACAUGCAAAUAUUGAGGCGGCUUAUUCUAAUGCUUACCCAAUAAAAAUGCACAAAAUCACAGAUUUGGCACAUCAUUAAGCACGUUAGGCUACACAUCAUUAUAUAUAUUGAGACAAAUUACAGAAAGUAGCCUACAUGUAGCAAAAUAGUGGUGAGGAGGAGGAGCUCCGGACCCUUCUUGUCUGGAAGUAAUUUAGCCAUUCAUUGUAGUCAUUGUGAUCUGUAGAGUUGCUGUUUUCUCGUGUCUGACUAUCGUAUUUGUUGAUUUAAAUCAGACUUUAUUAAUAUAAUGAGUAAUCCAGGAAUGAGUGAGAACUUGAGAAAAUAGCAACUCAACAGAUCACACUGACUAAAAUUACUUCUGGACACUAAGGGUCCGCAGAGCUCCUCCUACUCACAACUCUAUGAUAUCCUUCGCCACCGUCAUUCUAUGACAUAUCUCGAACCAGUCAUAACUAUUCAAUAAAACAAUACAUAAUUGAAAUGUAUUUCCAGCGACUUUUUUAGUGCAUUCGGAAAGUAUUCAGACGCCUUGACUUUUUCCACAUUUUGUUACAUACAUUUGUUUUCGCCCCUCAAUCUACACAAAAUACCCAAUGAUGACGAAGCUAAAACAGGUUUUUAGAUUUUUUAGCAAGUUAUUCCAAAACCUGUAUCCUGUUUGCAGGAUUUAGUCAAGGCACUAAAGUAAAACUGCUAAAAAUGUGGCAAAGAAAUUAACUUUUUGCCCUGAAUACAAAGCGUUAUGUUUGGGGCAAAUCCAACACAUCACUGAGUACCACUUGUCAUAUUUUUAAGCAUGGUGGUGGCUGCAUCAUUUUAUGGGUAUGCUUGUCAUCCGCAAGGACUAGGGAGUUUUUUAGGAUAAAAUAAAUGGAAUACAGCUAUAAGCACAAGGUAAAAUCCUAGAAAACCUGGUUCAAUAUGGAAUAAGUCGAGGGGUAUGAAUACUUUCUGAAGGCACUGUAACCAGAUACAGUGCAUUCGGAAAGUAUUCAGACCCCUUGACUUUUUCCACAUUUUGUUACGUUACAGCCUUAUUCUAAAAUUGAUUAAAUUGUUUUUUUCCCUCAUCAAUCUACACACAAUACCCCAUAAUGACAAAGUAAAAACAGGUUUUUAGAAAAUUUAGCAAAUGUAUUACAAAAAAAAAAAAAAGGAAAUAACACAUUUACAUAAGUAUUCAGACCAUUUACUCAGUACUUUGUUGAAGUACCUUUGGCAGCGAUUACCGCCUUGAGUCUUCUUUGGUAUGACGCUACAAGCUUGGCACACCUGUAUUUGGGGAGUUUCUCCCAUUCUUCUCUACAGAUCCUCUUAAGCUCUGUCAGGUUGGAUGGGGCGGUUCAAGUCCGGGCUUUGGCUGGGCCACUCAAGGAUAUUCAGAGACUUGUCCUGAAGCCACUCCUGCGUUGUCUUGGCUGUGUGAUUUGGGUCGUGGUCCUGUUGGAAGGUGAACCUUCGCCCCAGUCUGAGGUACUGAGCGCUCUGGAGCAGGUUUUCAUCAAGGAUCUCUCUGUACUUUGCUCUGCUCAUCUUUCCCUUGAUCCUGACUAGUCUCCCAGUCCCUGUCGCUGAAAAACAUCCCCACAGCAUGAUGCUGCCACCACUAUGCUUCACCUUAGGGAUGGUGCCAGGUUUCCUCCAGAUGUGACGCUUGGCAUUCAGGCCAAAGAGUUCAAUCUUGGUUUCAUCUGACCAGUGAAUCUUCUUUCUCAUGGUCAGAGUCCUUUAGGUGCCUUUUGGCAAACUCCAAGCGGGCUGUGACGUGCCUUUUACUGAGAAGUGGCUUCCGACUGGCCACUCUACCAUAAAGGCCUGAUUGGUGGAGUGCUGCAGAGAUGGCUGUCCUUCUGGAAGGUUCUCCCAUCUCCACAGAGGAACUCUGGAGCUCUGUCAGAGUGACCAUCGGGUUCUUGGUCACCUCCCUGACCAAGGCCCUUCUCCCCCGAUUACUCAGUUUGGCCGGGCAGCCAGCUCUAGGAAGAGUCUUGGUGGUUCCAAACUUCUUCUAUUUUUAAGAAUGAUGGAGGCCACUGUGUUCUUUGGGACCUUCAAUGCUGCAUAACUUUUUUGGUACCCUUCCCCUGAUCUGUGCCUUGACACAAUCCUGUCUCGGAGCUCUACGGAAAAUUCCUUUGACCUCAUAGCUUGGUUUUUGCUCUGACAUGCACUGUCAACUGUGGGACCUUAUAUAGACGGGUGUGUGCCUUUCCAAGUCAUGUCCAAUCAAUUGAAUUUACCACAGGUGGACUCCAAUCAAGUUGUAGAAACAUCUCAAGGAUGAUCAAUGGAAACGGGAUGCACCUGAACUCAAUUUCGAGUCUCAUAGCAAAGGGUAUGAAUACUUAUGUAAGGUAUUUCUGUUCUUUAUAUUUCAUAAAUUUGCAAAAAUGUCUAAACCUGUUUUUGUUUUGUCAUUAUGGCUUAUUGUGUGUAGAUUUGAUGAGGAAAACAUUAACUUUAAUCCAUUUUAGAAUAAGGUUGUAACGUAACAAAAUGUGGAAAAAGGGAAUGGUUCUGAAUACUUUCCAAAUGCACUGUAUAUUUAUAUUCUGCAAAAUGUGUGAGGCUUUACUAUGCUGCCUAUACAUUGCAAUUAUUUCUGCAUCAAUCUGAACAUCCCAUUAAAUUCAGUUGUUGUGAUGUGCAUAUAGAUUUGUGUGCAGCUAUAUCCAGCUGUCCCAUCCUUAUUUGUAGGCGCAAUUGUUUAGAUGAACACAACUUAAACUAGCUUGCAGUGAGUUUGUGACUGAGCAGACAAGGCUGCCAUUGUUGUGUGUCAGCGCUCCCAUUCGCUUUUGGCUUUGUGUCUGCUGAUCAAAGGAUCAAUAGAUGAGCAAAGGCAGCAGCUUUUACAUCUCACUCAUGCGUACACGCACGUGCACACACACAGUCGGCUUGGUCAAAGGUUUGGCCGUUACAUAAGCAUGAACAAACUCCUUCCAAAGUGGAGAGGGAGCAGUGCUAUCAAAAGUUGACCAAACACAGCAGAAUUAUACCUAAUAUAUUCCAGUGUUUUUAUAGCUCAAUCAUUAACAUGGGCCCUGCUUUUUUUCCAGUAGCCAUGGAAAGUUAAAUAAUAGAAGAAUAUAAAGGGGUCAGGGUAGGGAUAAGGGUUGGCACGGGGGAAGGACCCUCCAACAUGGUAGAUUUGGGGUGCUCUUUCACACACACAUAAAUUAUUAUAUUGAAUAACUUUGGCUUUGCACAGCCGUGUGUGGUGCAGCCGGAGGGGGGGGUGGACUCAAGCAUUUCCUGCCGCAGGGUUAAAUGAUUGUGCAGAACUAGAGACCGGUUCAACACCCCCUCUAGGGGAUUUAGGUUUCUACUGAACAGAGCAAAUUCAUUUAGUUUUUCUACUGCCAUUGCUGGGGUCCAAUAUGGAGGGAUGGGAGAGAGGAGGGGUGGUAGAGGAAAGAAGAUGACUUGAAACUUAUACAAAUCUCAAGAUAAAAUGUUUCACUGUGUUUGUUUGGGUAGUUAUUUAUUUUACUCUGUAGCUAAAAGCCUCUCAUUUGGAUGUUUUGGCACUCAGUACAUGAUUGGCCAGAGAUUAUUCUGUUAUUGCAACACCCUAACAGUCCCCCAUUCAAACACUGGUGGUUGUACAGCUCUGUUUCUAGUGCAACAGUUUAAAUGUUUUCUUAUAGACUAUUGCUAUAAUACAGAAUGAUGUGCAAAUUAUUGUGGUACUUCAGUAAAAACCAUUCACAAUUACUGUCUUGACCUGUAUUGUCCUACAGAAGACCACCUGUUACGCUACUUUGAAAAAUAAUUCUAACCAUACUGUCCCAGUCUGACACAAUGAGUGGUGUGGGAAAGGAGGAGAGCAAUGUUUAGAGGGCUUGCUUUUAUAUUCAAUGACCCCGUCUCUAUUAUUUGGAUGUAAUAUGACGCUAAAAAGGUGUGGUUCUACAAAGCACUCUAGUUUUCCUGUUAUUUUCUUCACACAGUCUCACAUACAUUGUUGCAUCAUUGGUGAACCACACAUUCCAGAGACUAGUCACCUGAUUUUCAGUCUUUCCUUCCACCUUCCCUCACAUAGUCAGAUGGUCACACUCUGCCUCUCAUUUAGUAAAAGUGAAUGGAUUAAAUAAAACUCACACACACUGUCUAACCCAGGACUGCCCAACCCUGUUCCUGGAGAGCUACUGUCCUGUAGGUUUUUGCUCCAAUCCUAAUCUAGCACACCUGAUUCUAAUAAUUAGCAGGUUGAUAAGAUUAAUCAGGUUAGGAACACCUGGGGUUGGAGCGAAAACCACCAACAGGGUUGGGCAGUCGUGGUCUAGCCUAAUGUUUUCCUCUGCAUAUACUUACUCUCCUCCCUCCCUCUCUCCUCUCCUCCAGAUGGGGGAUCCUGUUCUCCCACCCCCGGGACUUUACUCCAGUGUGUACCACAGAGCUGGCCUGUGCUGCCAAGAUCAGCGAUGAGUUCAAGAAACGCCACGUCAAGAUGAUUGCUCUGUCCAUCGACAGCGUGGCGGACCACCUCGCCUGGAGCAAGGUCUGUCUACCCCUUUCUCUGCAUCCAUUGCCUAAGUGGUUAAAAUGUAGAGAGCACAUUCCCGUACAUUGCAUAACUACAAUAUGGACGGCCUCUCUCACACAGAUGUACUACCAUAUCUAAACACUGUCAGCCAUGUCUAAAUUAAUAUUGCAUGCAUACACACCCUGUGUAAUCCCCCUGAGACUGCUUUAGUCAGCACAGCUGUUACACUCCAUCUCAACUGCAUUCACAGAUGGCCAUUUCUCUACAGAAAUAUAUUGUGUAGAACAGAUAUGUUUGUCUGUCAAGUAUAACAGGGAAUAGUGUUAGCUUUUCAUUACAUUUCUAUCUGCAAGGGCCUGAACGUUUUACCUCCUCCCUUAAAGGCCUUUCUUUGGUCCAACAGGGGAACGAGUUCCUCUGGACUGCCAAGUUCUCAAAUCUUAUACUGUGGCAUUGGUGAUUGGACAGAUGGCUAGAUUGCUAGGUUACAGAAGCACCUCCCCCGUCCUCCAAAGUUCUCAACAAGUUUUUUCAAUGAAAAGUUAACCUUUUUGAAGUUCACUGAAUCAAGUUUUCCCACCCCCUCUCCCUACACACACACACACACACACACAACCACCUCUGGCUGAACCUGUAUGACUAAUGGCAGCCUUCCUUCCCACAGUGAGGAGUAUUAUUUUUGUCUGAUGUCCAGUUUUUGAUUAGACCAGACCAGCCAUUACACUGCAGUUUAUACUUCUGUAAUCUCGGUUAACUCAGAACUAAAGUCUCAAGUAAUUGGUCAACUGCUCGAUUAAGUUCUGGGUCCAUCCACGUUAAGAGAAGAGAUCAAGAAAUGAUAGAAAAAGAAGCGGAACUGGAACGAGGAGCUAAAACCCUCGCUCUUUGCAAGUUAUGAGCCGAAUGUGCUAACACCUGCGAAAUCGGGAUUUGUCCAAAUAACCAGUGACGAAAAACCCAAACACCGGAACUACUGCUGCUCUUAUCUUAUGAAUCCAUUCAAUCCCAACAGAUUCUCUCAGUUUACACACAGAAUCUUUCCACAAGAUAUUAAUACUGCUGCUGUGAACACUGCAACUAUCUCCACCAUUUUAACACCUCUACAACUGUAAACAUGUACAGUUGAAGUCGGAAGUUUACAUACACCAUACACAUACACAAUACAUUUAAACUCAGUUUUUCACAAUUCCUGACAUUUAAUCUUUGUAAAACCUCCAUGUCUUAGGUCAGUUAGGAUCACCACUUUAUUUUAAGAAUGUGAAAUGUCAGAAUAAUAGUAGAGCUUUUAUUUCUUUCAUCACAUCAGAAGUUUACAUACACUCAAUUAGUAUUUGGUAGCAUUGCCUUUAAAUUGUUUAACUUGGGUCAAACGUUUCGCACAAUAAGUUGGGUGAAUUUUGGCCUAUUCCUCCUGACAGAGCUGGCGUAACUGAGUCAGGUUUGUAGGCCUCCUUGCUUGCACACACCUUUUCAGUUCUGCCCACACAUUUUCUAUAGGAUUGAGGUCAGGGCUUUGUGAUGGCCACUCCAAUACCUUGACUUUGUUGUCCUUAAGCCAUUUUGCCACAACUUUGGAAGUAUGCUUGGGGUCAUUGUCCAUUUGGAAGACCCAUUUGCGACCAAGCUUUAACUUCCUGACUGAUGUCUUGAGAUGUUGCUUCAACAUCAUUUUCCUUCCUCAUGAUGCCAUCUAUUUUGUGAAGUGCACCAGUCCCUCUUGCAGCAAAGCACCCCCACAGCAUGAUGCUGCCACCCCCGUGCUUCACGGUUUUUUUCGGUGUUCUUCGGCUUGCAAGGGUCCCCCUUUUUUCUCCAAACAUAACGAUGGUUAUUAUGGCCAAACAGUUCUAUAUUUGUUUCAUCAGACCAGAGGACAUUUCUCCAAAAAGUAAGAUCUUUGUCCCCAUGUGCAGUUGCAAACCGUAGUCUGUCUUUUUUAUGGCGGUUUUGGAGCAGUGGCUUCUUCCUUGCUGAGCGGCCUUUCAGGUUAGGUCGAUAUAGGACUCGUUUUACUGUGGAUAUAGAAACUUUUGUACCUGUUUCCUCCAGCAUCUUCACAAGGUCCUUUGCUGUUGUUCUGGGAUUGAUUUGCACUUUUCGCACCAAAGUACAUUAAUCUCUAGGAGACAGAACACGUCUCCUUCCUGAGCGGUAUGACGGCUGCGUGGUCCCAUGGUGUUUAUACUUGCGUACUAUUGUUUGUACAGAUGAACGUGGUACCUUCAGGCAUUUGGAAAUUGCUCCCAAGGAUUAACCAGACUUGUGGAGGUCUACAAUUUAUUUCUGAAGUCUUGGCUGAUUUUCUUUUGAUUUUACCCAUGAUGUCAAGCAAAGGCACUGAGUUUGAAGGUAGGCCUUGAAAUACAUCCACAGGUUCACCUCCAAUUGACUCAAAUUAUGUCAAUUAGCCUAUCACAAGCUUCUAAAGCCAUGACAUCAUUUUCUGGAAUUUUCCAAGCUAUUUAAAGUCACAGUCAACUUAGUGUAUGUGAACUUCUGACCCACUGGAAUUGUGAUACAGUGAAUUAUAAGUGAAAUAUUCUGUCUGUAAAGAAUUGUUGGAAAAAUUACUUGUGUCAUGCACAAAGUAGAUGUCCUAACCGACUUGUCAAAACUAUAGUUUGUUAACAAGAAAUUUGUGGAGUGGUUGAAAAAUGAGUUUUAAUGACUCCAACCUAAGUGUAUGUAAACUUCCGACUUAAAUUGUAACUGUCCAGACUAAUGGCCCCCAUUUAUAAUAGCAUUCACUCUGGCCACAACCUGUUCCAAUCCAGUCACCCUGAUGUUGAUGUGUCUGUGAAAGAGCUGAGUGACUCAGAUCAGAGUUAUAGUUCUCAGUACUGUAGGUUAUACUACAUACAGUCACAGGUUCUGCUGUUUGUAGUUCACAUCAUGAUAACAGUAGAGUGAGUUAUUGAGCAAAGAAAUGACACUUUUACUCUUCUAAUUACUGAAGUCUGUAAAGACGUCAAUGAUCAAAAUGACAGCCAGUAAAGGUGAUACAGACCCCUGCCCUUCCUGAUUAUCGCUGACCUCUAACCUCUCUCCCUCUGUAGGAUGUGAUGGCGUUUAACAGUGAGAGUGCGGGCUCUCCCCUGCCCUUCCCCAUCAUCGCUGAUGAUAAGAGGGAGCUGUCAGUUCAGCUGGGCAUGCUGGACCCUGAUGAGCUCGACAAGGAUGGCAUGCCCCUCACCGCACGCUGUGUGAGUAUUAGGUCACAGACACAUCCAUGAGAUGUAAACGACAACAUUUUUGCCGAAGAAAAUGAAGAUCAAAUUGGUGUUUGUUUAUAUGACCCCUCCCCUUUGGUCCCUCCACCAGGUGUUUGUGAUUGGUCCAGAUAAGAAGAUGAAGCUUUCGAUCUUGUACCCUGCCACCACUGGAAGGAACUUUGACGAGCUGCUCCGUGUCAUCGACUCUCUGCAGCUCACCGCUCUCAAGAAGGUGGCCACACCUGUCGACUGGAAGGUACACACACACCCCCCUGUUGAUUGAAAGUUACUCACAUCUCGAUAUUAGAACACUUUGAAAACGUCUGACUAACUUAGAAUUUGGAGAGAGUGGAGACUUUAUAGGUGCCAUAUUGUUUUUUAACUUAAUAUUUCUCUCUUUCUCUCCCUCGCUCUCUCUCAGCCUGGUCAGAAGUGUAUGGUUAUUCCCUCUCUCUCUGAUGCCGAGGCCGCUGAACUUUUCCCCAAUGGCGUCACCACCAAAGAGCUGCCUUCUGGGAAAAAAUACCUCCGCUACACACAGCUCUGAGCCUCAGGUGGGCGCCACAUAGUCAUCCUGGACACAACACAAAGCCCAGAUAGGCCCACUGCCAUAGUAUCCACCUCUAGUAGUCCUAUCAUAGCGUAACCAAUCAUCUCUUUAAGAGUUGACAGUCUUGUUGGUUUAGAUACUUUAAUCAGUGCAUCUCACUACUUACAGUGGGGAAAAAAAGUAUUUAGUCAGCCACCAAUUGUGCAAGUUCUCCCACUUAAAAAGAUGAGAGAGGCCUGUAAUUUUCAUCAUAGAUACACGUCAACUAUGACAGAAAAAAAAAUCCAGAAAAUCACAUUGUAGGAUUUUUUAUGAAUUUAUUUGCAAAUUAUGGUGGAAAAUAAGUAUUUGGUCACCUACAAACAAGCAAGAUUUCUGGCUCUCACAGACCUGUAACUUCUUCUUUAAGAGGCUCCCCUGUCCUCCACUCGUUACCUGUAUUAAUGGCACCUGUUUGAACUUGUUAUCAGUAUAAAAGACACCUGUCCACAACCUCAAACAGUCACACUCCAAACUCCACUAUGGCCAAGACCAAAGAGCUGUCAAAGGACACCAGAAACAACAUUGUAGACCUGCACCAGGCUGGGAAGACUGAAUCUGCAAUAGGUAAGCAGCUUGGUUUGAAGAAAUAAACUGUGGGAGCAAUUAUUAGGAAAUGGAAGACAUACAAGACCACUGAUAAUCUCCCUCGAUCUGGGGCUCCACGCAAGAUCUCACCCCGUGGGGUCACAAGAACUGAUCACAAGAACGGUGAGCAAAAAUCCCAGAACCACACAGGGGGACCUAGUGAAUGACCUGCAGAGAGCUGGGACCAAAGUAACAAAGCCUACCAUCGGUAACACACUACGCCGCCAGGGACUCAAAUCCUGCAGUGCCAGACGUGUCUCCCUGCUUAAGCCAGUACAUGUCCAGGCCCAUCUGAAGUUUGCUAGAGUACAUUUGGAUGAUCCAGAAGAGGAUUGGGAGAAUGUCAGAUGAAACCAAAAUAUAACUUUUUGGUAAAAACUCAACUCGUUGUGUUUGGAGGACAAAGAAUGCUGAGUUGCAUCCAAAGAACACCAUACCUACUGUGAAGCAUGGGGGUGGAAACAUCAUGCUUUGGGGCUGUUUUUCUGCAAAGGGACCAGGACGACUGAUCCGUGUAAAGGAAAGAAUGAAUGGGGCCAUGUAUCGUGAGAUUUUGAGUGAAAACCUCCUUCCAUCAGCAAGGGCAUUGAAGAUGAAACGUGGCUGGGUCUUUCAGCAUGACAAUGAUCCCAAACACACCGCCCGGGCAACGAAGGAGUGGCUUCGUAAGAAGAAUUUUCAAGGUCCUGGAGUGGCCUAGCCAGUCUCCAGAUCUCAACCCCAUUGAAAAUCUUUGGAGGGAGUUGAAAGUCCGUGUUGCCCAGCGACAGCCCCAAAACAUCACUGCUCUAGAGGAGAUCUGCAUGGAGGAAUGGGCCAAAAUACCAGCAACAGUGUGUGAAAACCUUGUGAAGACUUACUGAAAACGUUUGACCUGUGUCAUUGCCAACAAAGGGUAUAUAACAAAGUAUUGAGAAACUUUUGUUAUUGACCAAAUACUUAUUUUUCACCAUAAUUUGCAAAUAAAUUCAUUAAAAAUCCUACAAUGUGAUUUUCUGGAUUUAUUUUUCUCAUUUUGUCUGUCAUAGUUGACUUGUACCUAUGAUGAAAAUUACAGGCCUCUCUCAUCUUUUUAAGUGGGAGAACUUGCACAAUUGGUGGCUGACUAAAUACUUUUUUUCCCCACUGUACGUCUUCACUAAGUAUCCAUUAAUCCAUUCAUAGUCAUGUCUUCUGUGGAGCAAGGCUUUGAAAUGAACUUAUCAUUGUAGUGUUACUACCCCAAUAAACACACUUUUGGAGCAACCACUGUGGGUGUGUGUUUUUUGGUGGUUAUGAUAUGAAGCUAGAAAUCCAUGCCAUGUUUAACUGGGUAGAAUAUAGCUCUGCUUCAAUACUUAGAAAAUGCAUCCUUCCAGUAACUGAAUGGUAACUUUGCUUUCACUUGAAUUGUUUUGAGUUUUAAAAACUUGCACAGAUCACAUCUAAUCUCCUAUAGAUCAGUGUUGACCUCACGGAUGGAAAGGAUCCAUUUGACCAGUAUACAAACAGGAGGUAAUUACCCUGAAUUACCUCCUGUAAUGAUUCUGUGUGAUUAGAUAGAGCUGAGGCCUUAGAGAAUAAUGGAAAGCCAGUUAACAAGUGUUUGGUUUAGUACUUGAGUCACAGAAGGCCAGGGGCCUCAUUUAUCAACUGUAUGUAAACUCAAGUCUGUGCAUAAACCAUGCGUGGGAUCAUUCCCACCCAAAGUGAGAUUUAUCAAUAUGAAUGUUCGCUUGAGUGUGCAUACAUUUAUGCAUAGCCAUGCACAGUGGUGUAAAGUACGUAAGUAAAAAUACUUUAAAGUACUACUUAAGUAGUUUUUGGGGGUAUCUGUACUUUACUUUACUAAUUAUAUUUUUGACAACUUUUACUCCACUAAAUUCUUAAAGAAAAUAAUGUACUUUUUACUCCAUACAUUUUCCCUGACACCCAGAAGUACUCGUUACAUUUUGAAUGCUUAGCAGGACAGGAAAAUGGUCCAAUUCACACAAUUAUCAAGAGAACAUCCCUAUCGCCUCUGAUCUGGCGGACUCACUAAACACAAAUGCUUCGUUUGUAAAUUAUGUCUGUGUUGGAGUGUGCCGCUGGCUAUCCGUAAAUUAAAAAUCAUGCCAAAGGAAUUUGAAAUGACUUUUACUUUUGAUACUUAAGUAUAUUUAAAAACAAAUACUUUUGGACUUUUACUCAAGUAGUAUUUUACUGGGUGACUUUUACUUGAGUCAUUUUCUAUUAAGGUAUCUUUACUUUUACUCAAGUAUGGAAAUUGGGUACUUUUUCCACAACUGGCCAUGCAUUUGCACAGUGCCAAGUGAUGGAAUAAGGGAACUGCUUGUCAAGCAUAGAAUGGGGAAAAUAUAUGUUGAAAUUGUGAGUAAUAAUUAAAUCCUUUUUCGAUUUCAUUGUAUUUCCAUUGUGAAUUCAUGCAACAUAUCUUAACAUGCUUUAUAAUUCGACCACAUCAUUGCAUUUGUUACAAUAACAAUCCAUAUAAAGGACAGUAAUGUGUUAGAUGAGAGGUACGUGUGAAAGUUACCACUGUUGAAAUACUUUAUAAGACUGAGAAUGGGAAAGGUAAUGAGAGAUUGCUCUGAUUUGGCACACGCUGCAUUUCGCUGAGAGCACGUUUUUAGAGACAGAUGGGGCUUUUUCUGCAGAAAGUAUAGAUUGGCUCAUCAGAUAUAGUUUCCAAAAAAACGAUCUUAUAGGAUUUUUGCGAGGAUUUAAGACCUACUUUAAAAAGGCAAACUCAUGCCAUUCCGCUGCAUAUCUAAGUGCUUUCCUGUGCGGCUCAGUUGGUAGAGCAUGGCACUUGCAACGCCAGGGUUGUGGGUUCGAUUCCCACAGGGGACCAGUACGAACAAAUUUGAAAAUGUAUGCACUCACUACUGUAAGUAGCUCUGGAUAAGAGCGUCUGCUAAAAUGUCUAUCCACCCUCGGAAUUGGCAACUGCCACUUUUCAGCAAGAGCUUGCUGAUUUGGCAUCUCACAGCCCUCGAUGAGCCAAAGUUUUGGAUGCAAUCAUCAGCAAAAUGCACAGUAACACAUACCAUUUCCAUACACCAUAACACAACAGGUCAAGAUGGGUUUCUUUGCCAUGAUGCCAUCAAUGGGUUCCCAAAUACGAAUGGAGCAAUAGACGGCACCCACAUCGCCAUAAAAUCAUCAUCCCAAAACAAUUUCAAUUAUGUGAACAGAAAAGGCUUCCACUCUUUAUGGGCAGGUGAUUGGUUUUUGUGAUGCGCAGAAGACGCUGCUGAAUGUGGUGGCAAGGUGGUCAGCUGGAACGCAUGAGUCGUUCAUUCUGCAGAACAUCAAUGUUGGGAGGUGAGGAUGGAUGGCUUAUUGAUGAGUGUUGUCUACUCGUGAGGUAUAUUUGCCAUUGCUAAAGGAACUUAAUUGUCCUAAUGGUCCUCUCUUUGUAGAUAUGUUUUUAUUUUUAUUGGUCAAGCCACAACUGAGCGAGCCAAAUAAAACCAUUUGGUUGUACUCAAUCUCUGACACUAGCACCUCUAUUUAAGUCUGAGUUUUUAGUUUUACGUAGCUUUUUGUACGCAAUAUUGAUAAAUGAGGCCCCAGAAGCUUUAGGUGGUUUCAAGCACCCCAAAAGGUAGGGAAACACUGCUCUAGAGCUGUUGUUGACAGACACUGUGCUGAAACCAUCCAAUGCUUUACUCUGUUUUACCAGCAGAUGGCAGUACUUCCACAGUAAUGUAAAGGACUUCAGCGCCAUGGGGAGAUUCUCAUUUGAUUAAAAUACCGUCCUCUCCUCGACUCCUCCAUCCUCUCUCCUCCGUGACCCGGAAACCGAUAAGUGGUCGAGUGGUCAAGGAGAGUAUCAAUUAGUUAGUAGGCAAACGCAGUAGUGUCCUCGCCUCCUCCCACUGAGGAAGCAAAUGCCCCGAGUCCAUUGCAGAUCAGUUUUGACAUAUGCCACACCUCCUUUGAAUCGGCUGUUGUUUACUUGGAGGAGAAGAGCAUGCACAUAUUUAAAAGCCAUAUGCUACUUAUACCUUUAUAAAAUGUCUAACACAACUAGCUAAAUGUAUUUUUAAAACUUUACACAUUUAAUAUGGGAGUCCACCCCUGUAAACAAUUUGCAUGAUGCCACAUGAGUGAAGGAGUCUCAUUUCAUACAAGUGCAUUUGGCUCAGAGUUUAGUUUGAGAUGUAAAAUUGUAAUAGUACUAAAAACAUAGUUUAGAACUCAAUGACUGGUUUUAAUUUGUUUCCUGCACCCGGAUUAAGGCCAAUGGAGAAUAUCCAUUGAAAUUCUUCUAAGUCUAGGAAAAUACUUUGUCUGGGACAGGGAAACUAGCUUUCAGUGUUGCUUGAGAGGAACUCUAGUUAAUAAUUGACAUGUGAACCUGUUCAAGUGUUUUAACUAGACCAUGGUGUGUGUUACCUAACACAGGUAUUCAACCCACAUAGCUGGGGAUCAUAUACCACUGUAAAGGACCUCAAGGUUUGAACACAUGGACACCCACGUACGCACACACAGAGGACGCUUGCUACCAAGGACAAAGAGGGGACUCCCUUUGUGUGAAGAAAGAUAGAAUGUGUCUGGAAUGUCUUUGAAGAUUUCGACUACGCCCCAUGCCCCUGACCCUUUCUGCUUCCAGGACACUGCGAAUCAGAGAGCAUGGCAUUCUUCCAUAGUUCUACCCCACUAACCUCUGUCUUAUACCCACAUUUGAAGUGCAAAACUGUAUGCUUUGGUUUAGUGCACACCGUUACAAUAGUCCCAAGUACCGGUAGAUGCAUGGAGUGUAUUUGUAUGACCAAAGUCAGACUGAUCUGUGCUGUGGUAUGGACAGUAAGAUGGUCCUUACAUGGUGUAUCCUCUAGAUGGCAAUGCUGCUACAGCUGAUUCACUGAGGCAACAGUCAUUGGUACACCCCAAGGUUCAAGUGAAAGGUCGUCAAACAAGCUUGGAACAAUCUUCCCUUUAAUGAGAUUAAUUACGUUUAGUUCAUAGCAGUUCGUUUAUGUCACUGAGCAGGUAGACUCACACACAGCAGUGGAGCUGCAAUACAGGCAAGACCCACAUUCCCAGCCCCAACGACACCACCACCCCAAUCAACAGCAGCAGAUGUGUGUGUUCUAUAGCCCUUCUCCUGGGCAUGUCACACUGGGCAACUAAUACACCACCAGCAGCUGCUAGUAACACACUCGCACACGCACACCUGAUCCAUAUCCAAUGCUGAUUGUCACAACAUGAAGUCUAUUUCCAGUGUAUUCUCUGUGUUAUUGUUACUCAAUCAUCAAGCAUGGUGAGGGUGUGUGUGUGUGUGGAAGUGUGUUUACUACAAUCUCAGCUGCUGCUCAAACGUGGGAAAGAGGGCAAAUUGUAGAAGUUCUGGCUGGGGGAGCAGUGUGUGUGUGUGCGUGUGCGUGUGGGUGUGUGCCUGUAUGUGUGUAUGUGUGUGUAGGAGGUUGUUAUUCCCAUGUUGUGCCAGGCAUUGACUUCAGUAGUGGAAACGGUUUUAAAAAUAUUUUAUUUGAACCCUAUCCUAAACCUUACCCUUACCUUAACCAUUUGGAUUGAGUGCCUAAACUUAACCCUCAAAAUUUAACGUUUGGAGAAAUGGAACGAUACAGAGCAGCAGGAGUAACAAAAACACCUCAAAAGUUGACGUUUGAAGCAACUUCAAAAUGUGGCAUUUGGAGAAUGUGGAUGAACGUCUAAUUCUGCAGUGAGACUUUGAGAGCUUGUUGCUUCAUCACCUGAGGCUGCCAGUGACCCACAGAUUAACAAGCCAGAGACCAGGGAGGAAAACCACACACACACACAGCUCUGAUGCUUUCCAGACUCUCUCUCCCUCCCUGAUUGCCUGGCACUCUCACCCCUUUCUCCCUCCCCCAUCUCACUCUCACCACUCUUAUCUGCCUCCACCUCCCUCUACCUCCACUUUGCUCUCUUGUACAACAAAAACAUACAAGUUCAAUCAGUUUCUUUCUCUGACUAUCACUCUUUCAUUCUUCUUUCUUUUUUAAAUAAACUUAAUCCAAGCAGCUUGCUGACAGAAGGCCAUUGUAGACACACUGUAGAGCUCCUAGAAAAUGUAAUGGCUGAUGGUCAUUUAGUUAGCUGUACGACGCCUGUGAUAAAUGUCAAUGUAAGUGCUAUUAUUCUCACUCUCUCCCUCGCUCUCGCUCUCUCUCUCCCUCACUCCUAUCUUUCUCUCUUUCUCACUCCCCCCACCCCCCCUUCUAUAACCGGGACACAUACAUAAUCAGUAGUGGUGUAUCACCUGAGUAAUGUCUAAGGGUGUCUGGACUUUAAAACACAAGUCAACACUAAUGUCCAGGACUAUAUCACAGCCUUAACGCAAAUAGCUGUCACUGUGUGUGUGUGUGCCCUGCUGUCUGAUCAUAAUAAAGAGGACUGUCAUUAAAAGGAGACAUCAAACACAAGGCAGUAAGGCUCAGACAGGCCACAGAGCAGAGUGCUUUAACAGAGCACUUUCUGGAAGGAUAGAGGGAGACCACCAUGACUGGCAUACAGACAUAGCCUACACGUAUGCAUUAAUAUACAGUGGGGGGAAAAAAGUAUUUAGUCAGCCACCAAUUGUGCAAGUUCUCCCACAUAAAAAGAUGAGAGAGGCCUGUAAUUUUCAUCAUAGGUACACGUCAAAUAUGACAGACAAAAUGAGAAAAAAAAUCAACGCAGACUUUCAACUCCCUCCAAAGAUUUUCUAUGGGGUUGAGAUCUGGAGACUGGCUAGGCCACUCCAGGACCUUGAAAUGCUUCUUACGAAGCCACUCCUUCGUUUCCCGGGCGGUGUGUUUGGGAUCAUUGUCAUGCUGAAAGACCCAGCCACGUUUCAUCUUCAAUGCCCUUGCUGAUGGAAGGAGGUUUUCACUCAAAAUCUCACGAUACAUGGCCCCAUUCAUUCUUUCCUUUACACGGAUCAGUCGUCCUGGUCCCUUUGCAGAAAAACAGCCCCAAAGCAUGACGUUUCCACCCCCAUGCUUCACAGUAGGUAUGGUGUUCUUUGGAUGCAACUCAGUAUUCUUUGUCCUCCAAACACGACGAGUUUAAGCAGGGGGACACGUCUGGCACUGCAGGAUUUGAGUCCCUGGCGGCGUAGUGUGUUACUGAUGGUAGGCUUUGUUGCUUUGGUCCCAGCUCUCUGCAGGUCAUUCACUAGGUCCCCCCGUGUGGUUCUGGGAUUUUUGCUCACCGUUCUUGUGAUCAGUUCUUGUGACCCCACGGGGUGAGAUCUUGCGUGGAGCCCCAGAUCGAGGGAGAUUAUCAGUGGUCUUGUAUGUCUUCCAUUUCCUAAUAAUUGCUCCCACAGUUGAUUUCUUCAAACCAAGCUGCUUACCUAUUGCAGAUUCAGUCUUCCCAGCCUGGUGCAGGUCUACAAUUUUGUUUCUGGUGUCCUUUGACAGCUCUUUGGUCUUGGCCAUAGUGGAGUUUGGAGUGUGACUGUUUGAGGUUGUGGACAGGUGUCUUUUAUACUGAUAACAAGUUCAAACAGGUGCCAUUAAUACAGGUAACGAGUGGAGGACAGAGGAGCCUCUUAAAGAAGAAGUUACAGGUCUGUGAGAGCCAGAAAUCUUGCUUGUUUGUAGGUGACCAAAUACUCAUUUUCCACCAUAAUUUGCAAAUAAAUUCAUAAAAAAUCCUACAAUGUGAUUUUCUGGAAAAAAAAAUCUCAAUUUGUCUGUCAUCGUUGACGUUUACCUAUGAUGAAAAUUACAGGCCUCUCUCAUCUUUUUAAGUGGGAGAACUUGCACAAUUGGUGGCUGACUAAAUACUUGUUUUCCCCCACUGUACAUAUUGAAUAGACAGAUGGAUAAAGAGAGAAAGACAGAGGGACAGAGAGAAUAGAGUGUGUAUUUGUUGCUAUGGUAACCGUUUGGGUGUAGUUGCUGGGUUGUUAUGGUAACUGUUUGGGGUUUUGGCUCCAGUUCCAAACCAUAGAGACAUUUUGGUCAGUUCUGAAACCAGCAUGGCUUUCUUGGCUCUUACACUAAGGGUGUUUUCACCGAAAUGGUUUUGAACGGUUUUUCCAAACUCUGGUGCGUUUACCCCCUCAGGGGGCUUUCAUACCAAAUCGCUUCGUAGCGUUUUUUCCGAACUCUGGCACGUUUCCCCCUUAGUUUGUUUCCUUUGGACUGGUGUGAACACUAUCCACACUCGGAGCGCACUAAACAGCGCACCGUGGUUCGCUCAAAAAGGGUGGUCCGAUUCCAUUCAUAUCAUGGUGCGGUUAGUUGCAGGUGUGAAAGCAGUCCAGACCAAACAGAGAAAAAGACCCAGAGGCGCUGCAGGCCUAUUAUUUGUGAAAUGCACGCAGUAGCCUACCAUAACUCUGAAACAUUCUGUGAGUAGCAGCACAUUUACACUGAGUGUACAAAACAUUAAGAACACCUCAAUUCGUCGGGGCAUGGACUCUACAAGAUGUCGAAGCGUUCGACAGGCAAGCUGGCCCAUGUUGACUCCAAUGCUUCCCUCAGUUGUGCCAAGUUGGCUGGAUGUCCUUUGGGUGGUGGACCAUUCUUGAUACAGAUGGGAAACUGUUGAUUGUGAAAAUCCCAGCAGUGUUGCAGUUCUUGACACAAACCGGUGCACCAGGCACCUACUACCAUACCCCGUUCAAAGGCACUUAAAUCUUUUGUCUUGCCCAUUCACCUUCUGAAUGGCACACAUACACAAUCCAUGUCUCAAUUGUCUCAAGGCAUAAAAAUCCUUCUUUAACCUGUCUUCUCCCCAUCUACACUGAUUGAAGUAGUUUUAACAAGUGACAUCAAUAAGGGAUCAUAGCUUUCACCUGGAUUCACCUGGUCAGUCUGUCAUGGAAAGAGCAGGUGUUCCUAAUGUUUUGUACAGUCAGUGUAUGAGUGCAUCUGAUGCAGAUUAGGGGAGACGGGGCUAUAGCCUAUCAAGCUUAUUCACGUUGCAUUUAGAGGGGCUAUUGCGCGGUUUCCUCCUGCAUGUUGUUGGAAGACAAAAUUAAGUUAAUGUAAUAUAACAUUUGGCAUACACAAGUUAUGCUUCUUGAUAAUCGUAGAUGGAUUUAACAUUGAGCAUUUCUCUCCAAUAAAUGAAUGUCUUGCAUAAACACGUGGAUUUGUUUAGGCAUUUUAUUUCAUUGGACAUUUGGCAAUGUGAAACCAACUGGACAGAAUGGAGAAAAAAAUACAAUGUAGGCCUAAAAAUAAUCAAAUUAUGAUUCGAACUUUAGCUCAGAACUAACGUGCCGUUUUCCACACACAGUCCACUCACCCUUCUCCCGACCGGUGACACUACAGCUGCCAGUCAGAGACAAGACGCUUUUUCUGCGUCAAGCCAGUGCAAUGCAGCUCAAAAAGAGAAGUGAAUGAAACAAUAAUACAAAUAAUAAUAUAUAUACAGUGGGGAGAACAAGUAUUUGAUACACUGCCGAUUUUGCAGCUUUUCCUACUUACAAAGCAUGUAGAGGUCUGUAAUUUUUAUCAUAGGUACACUUCAACUGCGAGAGACGGAAUCUAAAAAACAAAUCCAGAAAAUCACAUUGUAUGAUUUUUAAGUAAUUAAUUUGCAUUUUAUUGCAUGACAUAAGUAUUUGAUCACCUACCAACCAGUAAGAAUUCCGGCUCUCACAGACCUGUUAGUUUUUCUUUAAGAAGCCCUCCUGUUCUCCACUCAUUACCUGUAUUAACUGCACCUGUUUGAACUCAUUACCUGUAUAAAAGACACCUGUCCACACACUCAAUCAAACAGACUCCAACCUCUCCACAAUGGCCAAGACCAGAGAGCUGUGUAAGGACAUCAGGGAUAAAAUUGUAGACCUGCACAAGGCUGGGAUUGGCUACAGGACAAUAGGCAAGCAGCUUGGUGAGAAGGCAGCAACUGUUGGCGCAAUUAUUAGAAAAUGGAAGAAGUUCAAGAUGACGGUCAAUCAUCCUCGGUUUGGGGCUCCAUGCAAGAUCUCACCUCGUGGGGCAUCAAUGAUCAUGAGAAAGGUGAGGGAUCAGCCCAGAACUACACGGCAGGACUUGGUCAAUGACCUGAAGAGAGCUGGGACCACAGUCUCAAAGAAAACCAUUAGUAACACACUACGCCGUCAUGGAUUAAAAUCCUGCAGCGCACGCAAGGUCCCCCUGCUCAAGCCAGCACAUGUCCAGGCCCGUCUGAAGUUUGCCAAUGACCAUCUGGAUGAUCCAGAGGAGGAAUGGGAGAAGGUAAUGUGGUCUGAUGAGACAAAAAUAGAGCUUUUUGGUCUAAACUCCACUCGCCGUGUUUGGAGGAAGAAGAAGGAUGAGUACAACCCCAAGAACACCAUCCCAACCGUGAAGCAUAGAGGUGGAAAGAUCAUUCUUUGGGGAUGCUUUUCUGCAAAGGGGACAGGACGACUGCACCGUAUUGAGGGGAGGAUGGAUGGGGCCAUUUAUCACGAGAUCUUGGCCAACAACCUCCUUCCCUCAGUAAGAGCAUUGAAGAUGGGUCGUGGCUGGGUCUUCCAGCAUGACAACGACCCGAAACACACAGCCAGGGCAACUAAGGAGUGGCUCUGUAAGAAGCAUCUCAAGGUCCUGGAGUGGCCUAGCCAGUCUCCAGACCUGAACCCAAUAGAAAAUCUUUGAAGGGAGCUGAAAGUCCGUAUUGCCCAGCGACAGCCCCGAAACUUGAAGGAUCUGGAGAAUGUCUGUAUGGAGGAGUGGGCCAAAAUCCCUGCUGCAGUGUGUUCAAACCUGGUCAAGACCUACAGGAAACGUAUGAUCUCUGUAAUUGCAAACAAAGGUUUCUGUACCAAAUAUUAAGUUCUGCUUUUCUGAUGUAUCAAAUACUUAUGUCAUGCAAUAAAAUGCAAAUUAAUUACUUAAAAAUCAUACAAUGUGAUUUUCUGGAUUUUUGUUUUAGAUUCCGUUUCUGACAGUUGAAGUGUACCUAUGAUAAAAAUUACAGACCUCUACAUGCUUUGUAAGUAGGAAAACCUGCAAAAUCGGCAGUGUAUCAAAUACUUGUUCUCCCCACUGUACAUAUUUACAAUUGUAACAAUGAUAAAUGUCCAUUGGGGGGUGGGGGCAGGGUACAUGUCCAUUGGGGGGUGGGGGAAGGGCAGGGUAAAUGUCCGUUGGGGUGGGGGUGGGGUUGCAGGGUAAAUGUCAGUUGGGGUGGUGGGUAAAUGUCCGUUGGGGGGUGGGGGUGGGGGCAGGGUAAAUGUCAGUUGUGGGGUGGGGGCAGGGUAAAUGUCAGUUGGGGAGGGGUAAAUGUCUGUUGGGGGGUGGGGGCAGGAUAAAUGUCAGUUGUGGGGUGGGGGCAGGGUAAAUGUCCAUGGGGGGGGGUCAGCGGCAGUGGAGUUGACGUACCAGGUUGUGAUGCAGCCCGACAGUAUGCUCUCAUUGGUGUUCCUGUAGAACACUGUGAGGGCCCUCUGGGACAGGCCACAUUUCUUUAGUUGAAGAGUUGCUGUCAUGCCUUCUUCACCAAGGUGUCUGUGUGGUUUUACCCUUUCAGCUCCUCUGAGAUGUGUACGCUGACAAACAUGAUGUGGUCCUCUGUAGCUCAGCUGGUAGAGCACGGCGCUUGUAACGCCAAGGUAGUGGGUUCGAUCCCCGGGACCACCCAUACACAAAAAUGUAUGCACGCAUGACUGUAAGUCGCUUUGGAUAAAAGCGUCUGCUAAAUGGCAUAUUAUUUAUUAUUAUGACGUUUUUGACCGUAUCCACAGCGGCCCUGUUAAAGAGGAUGGGGGCGUGCCCAGCCUGGUUCCUCCUGAAGUCCAAAAUCAGCACUUUUGUUUUGCUGAUGUUGAGGGAGAGGUUGUUUACCUGGCAACGUAUUUACAUAAGCAUUCAAACCCUUUGCUAUGAGACUCGAUUUUUUUAUAUAAUUUUUUUAUUUCACCUUUAUUUAACCAGGUAAGCCAGUUGAGAACAAGUUCUCAUUUACAACUGCGAUAAGAUAAAGCAAAGCAGUGCGAUAAAAACAACAACAACACAGAGUUACAUAUGGGAUAAACAAAACGUACAGUCAAUAACACAAUAGAAAAUCUAUAUACAGUGUGUGCAAAUGUAGUAAGUUAUGGAGGUAAGGCAAUAAAUAGGCCAUAGUGCAAAAUAAUUACAAUUUAGUAUUAACACUGGAGUGAUAGAUGUGCAGAAGAUGAUGUGCAAAUAGAGAUACUGGGGUGCAAAUUAGCAAAAUAAAUAACAAUAUGGGGAAAGGUAAUUGGGUGGGCUAAUUACAGAUGGGCUGUGUACAGGUGCAGUGAUCGGUAAGCUGCUCUGACAACUGAUGUUUAAAGUUAGUGAGGGAGAUAAGAGUCUCCAGCUUCAGAGAUUUUUGCAGUUCGUUCCAAUCAUUGGCAGCAGAGAACUGGAAGGAAUGGCGGCCAAAGGAGGUGUUGGCUUUGGGGAUGACCAGUGAGAUAUACCUGCUGGAGCGCAUACUACGGAUGGGUGUUGCUAUGGUGACCAAUGAGCUAAGAUAAGGCGGGGAUUUGCCUAGCAGUGAUUUAUAGAUGACCUAGAGCCAGUGGGUUUGGCGACUAAUAUGUAGUGAGGGCCAGCCAACGAGCGUGUACAGGUCACAAUGGUGGGUAGUAUACAGUGAGGGAAAAAGUAUUUGAUCCCCUGCUGAUUUUGUACGUUUGCCCACUGACAAAGACAUGAUCAGUCUACACUUUUAAUUAUAUAUCUGAACAGUGAGAGACAGAAUAACAACAACAAAAUCCAGAAAAACGCAUUACAAAAAUGUUAUAAAUUGAUGCAUUUUAAUGAGGGAAAUAAGUAUUUGACCCCUCUGCAAAACAUGACUUAGUACUUGGUGGCAAAACCCUUGUUGGCAAUCACAGAGGUCAGACGUUUCUUGUAGUUGGCCACCAGGUUUGCACACAUCUCAGGAGGGAUUUUGUCCCACUCCUCUUUGAAGAUCUUCUCCAAGUCAUUAAGGUUUCGAGCCUGACGUUUGGCUACUCGAACCUUCAGCUCCCUCCACAGAUUUUCUAUGGGAUUAAGGUCUGGAGACUGGCUAGGCCACUCCAGGACCUUAAUGUGCUUCUUCUUGAGCCACUUCUUUGUUGCCUUGGCCGUGUGUUUUGGGUCAUUGUCAUGCUGGAAUACCCAUCCACGACCCAUUUUCAAUGACCUGGCUGAGGGAAGGAGGUUCUCACCCAAGAUUUGACAGUACAUGGCCCCGUCCAUCGUCCCUUUGAUGCAGUGAAGUUAAAAUCAAAUCAAAUCAAAAUGUAUUGGCCACAUGCGCCGAAUACAACAGGUGCAGACAUUACAGUGAAAUGCUUACUAACAGCCCUCAACAACAUUCCUCCUCCUCCAAACACGGCGAGUUGAGUUGAUGCCAAAGAGCUCAAUUUUGGUCUCAUCUGACCACAACACUUUCACCCAGUUCUCUUCUGAAUCAUUCAGAUGUUCAUUGGCAAACUUCAGGCGGGCCUGUAUAUGUGCUUUCUUGAGCAGAGGGACCUUGCGGGCACUGCAGGAUUUCAGUCCUUCAUGGCGUAGUGUGUUACCAAUUGUUUUCUUGGUGACUAUGGUCCCAGCUGCCUUGAGAUCAUUGACAAGAUCCUCCCGUGUAGUUCUGGGCUGAUCCCUCACCGUUCUCAUGAUCAUUGCAACUUCACGAGGUGAGAUCUUACAUGGAGCCCCAGGCUGAGGGGGAUUGACAGUUAUUUUGUGUUUCUUCCAUUUGCGAAUAAUCGCACCAACUGUUGUCACCUUCUCACCAGCUGCUUGGCGAUGGUCUUGUAGCCCAUUCCAGCCUUGUGUAGGUCUACAAUCUUGUCCCUGACAUCCUUGGAGAGCUCUUUGGUCUUGGCCAUGGUGGAGAGUUUGGAAUCUGAUUGAUUGAUUGCUUCUGUGGACAGGUGUCUUUUAUACAGGUAAGAAACUGAGAUUAGGAGCAAUUAGGGAUCAAAUACUUUUUUCCCUCACUGUACAUAUGAGAUGAGCAAUGCAAUAUAUGUAAACAUUACUAAACUGGCUAGUGUUCCAUUUCUUAAAGUGGCCAGUGAUUUAGUGAUUUAGAUAGUCUAUAUCUAUAGGCAGCAGCCUCUAAUGUGCUAGUGAUGGCUGUUUAACAGUCUGAGAUCUCUUGAGAGAUCUGAAAAUAGCUGUGCAGCAUUGCUCCCCAUCCAACCUGACAGAGCUUGACAGGAUCUGCACAGAAGAAUUUGAGAAACUCCCAAAAUACAGGUGUGCCAAGCUUGUAGUGUCAUACCCAAGAAGACUCGAGGCUGUAAUCGCUGCCAAAGGUACUUGAUUACUGAAUAAAGGGUCUGAAUACUUAUGUAAAUGUGAUAUUUCAGUUUUCUAUUUUUAAUACAUUUGCAAACAUUUCUAAAAACCUGUUUUUGCUUUGUCAUUAUGGGUAUUGUGUGUAGAUUCAUGAGGAAAAAAACUAUUUAAUCAAUUUUAGAAUAAGGCUGUAACGUUAAUAAAAUGUGGAAAAAGUCAAGGGGUCUGAAUACUUUCUGAAUUCACUGUACAUUUGUGGUGCAGUAUGAUGAUAUGACUAUUGCGUUGGUCUGGUAGACAAAAGUGAUUUCAGUGUUGAAUAAAUGGUAAGUGUGUGGUAGGGUUCAGCAGUCAGCCCAGGGUUCAGCUGUUGGAUCAGUCUUGUGGUUUGGGGGUAGAGGCUGGCUUUGAGACAGGUGGACCGAGACUUGAUGUUGAACCUCACUGCAGCGGAUCCCUCUCCCCUGUGUGCCCCCGCCUCCUGCCUUCACAAUCGGAAGCCCCUUUCAAGUAACGGGUGACCUGAAUCUGGACCCCCUCAUCCGCAGCAUCCUGGGUUGCAGGGUUCUUCCGAAUGGCUCCUAUACACAAAGAAAGAACAUUGAGUUAAAUUUGAAUUGUUUACACAUUUACUCAAAAGUAGAGAAAACAAGUGUAACAUAUUUAAUAAUAUAAAAACUUACUGUGAGGCAUGGUCUUCAGAAACAAGUCCCUGAACCAGGCCUUGGUUGUGGCGAUGGCAAGACGGUUUGACAGAAUGCAAGGUAGCAUCCACCACACAAAGUAACAAAGCCUACCAUCAGUAAGACACUACGCCGCCAGGGACUUAAAUCCUGCAGUGCCAGACGUGUCCCCCUGCUUAAGCCAGUACAUGUCCAGGCCCGUGCUAGAGUGCAUUUGGAUGAUCCAGAAGAGGAUUGGGAGAAUGUCAUAUGGUCAGAUGAAACCAAAAUAUAACUUUUUGGUAAAAACUCAACUCGUCGUGUUUGGAGGACAAAGAAUGCUGAGUUGCAUCCAAAGAACACCAUACCUACUGUGAAGCAUGGGGUGGAAACAUCAUGCUUUGGGGCUGUUUUUCUGCAAAGGGACCAGGACGACUGAUCCGUGUAAAGGAAAGAAUGAAUGGGGCCAUGUAUCAUGAGAUUUUGAGUGAAAACCUCCUUCCAUCAGCAAGGGCAUUGCAGAUGAAACGUGGCUGGGUCUUUCAGCAUGACAAUGAUCCCAAACACACCGCCCGGGCAACGAAGGAGUGGCUUCGUAAGAAGCAUUUCAAGGUCCUGGAGUGGCCUAGCCAGUCUCCAGAUCUCAACCCCAUAGAAAAUCUUUGGAGGGAGUUGAAAGUCCGUGUUGCCCAGCGACAGCCCCAAAACAUCACUGCUCUAGAGGAGAUCUGCAUGGAGGAAUGGGCCAAAAUACCAGCAACAGUGUGUGAAAACCUUGUGAAGACUUACAGAAAACGUUUGACCUGUGUCAUUGCCAACAAAGGGUAUAUAACAAAGUAUUGAGAAACUUUUGUUAUUGACCAAAUACUUAUUUUCCACCAUAAUUUGCAAAUAAAUUCAUUAAAAAUCCUACAAUGUGAUUUUCUGGAUUUUUUUUCCUCAUUUUGUCUGUCAUAGUUGACGUGUACCUAUGAUGAAAAUUACAGGCCUCUCUCAUCUUUUUAAGUGGGAGAACUUGCGCAAUUGGUGGCUGACUAAAUACUUUUUUUCCCCCACUGUAAUUAGUUAUAUAAAGUCCACUUGUGUGCAAUCUAAGUGUCACAUGAUCUGUCACAUGAUCUCAGUAUAUAUACACCUGUUCUGAAAGGCCCCAGAGUCUGCAACACCACUAAGCAAGGGGCACCACCAAGCAAGCGGAACCAUGAAGACCAAGGAGCUCUCCAAACAGGUCAGGGACAAAGUUGUGGAGAAGUACAGAUCAGGGUUGGGUUAUAAAAAAAUAUCCGAAACUUUGAACAUCCCACGGAGCACCAUUAAAUCCAUUAUUAAAAAAUUGAAAGAAUAUGGCAUCACAACAAACCUGCCACACGAGUGCCGCCCACCAAAACUCAUGGACCAGGCAAGGAGGGCAUUAAACAGAGAGGCAACAAAGAGACCAAAGAUAACCCUGAAGGAGCUGCAAAGCUCCACAGCGGAGAUUGGAGUAUCUGUCUAUAGGACCACUUUAAGCCGUACUCUCCUCAGAGCUGGGCUUUACGGAAGAGUGGCCAGAAAAAGCCAUUGUUUAAAGAAAAAAAUAAGCAAACACAUUUAGUGUUCGCCAAAAGCCAUGUCUGAGACUCCCCAAACAUAUGGAAGAAGGUACUCUGGUCAGAUGAGACUAAAACUUUUUUGCCAUCAAGGAAAACGUUAUGUCUGGCGCAAACCCAACACCUCUCAUCACCCCGAGAACACCAUCCCCACAGUGAAGCAUGGUGGUGACAGCAUCAUGCUGUGGGUAUGUUUUUCAUCAGCAGGGACUGGGAAACUGGUCAGAAUUUAAGGAAUGAUGGAUGGCGCUAAAUACAGGGAAAUACUUGAGGGAAACCUGUUUCAGUCUUCCAGAGAUUUGAGACUGGGACGGAGGUUCACUUUUCAGCAGGACAAUGACCCUAAGCAUACUGCUAAAGCAACACUUGAGUGGUUUAAGGGGAAACAUUUAAAUGUCUUGGAAUGGCCUAGUCAAAUCCCAGACCUCAAUCCAAUUGAGAAUCUGUGGUAUGAUUUAAAGAUUGCUGUACACCAGCAGAACCCAUCCAACUUGAAGGAGUUGGAGCAGUUUCACCUUGAAGAAUGGGCAACAAUCCCAGUGGCAAGAUGUGCCAAGCUUAUAGAGACAUACCCCAAGAGACUUGCAGCUGUAAUUGCUGCAAAAGGUGGCUCUACAAAGUAUUGACCUUGGGGGGUGAAUAGUUAUGCACGCUCAAGUUUUCUGUUUUUUGUCUUAUUUCUUGUUUGUUUCACCCAAAAAAAUAUUUUGCAUCUUCAAAGUGGUAGGCAUAUUGUGUAAAUCAAAUGAUACAAACAUCCAAAAAAUCCGUUUUAAUUCCAGGUUGUAAUGCAACAAAAUAGGAAAAAUGCCAAGGGGGGUGAAUACUUUCGCAUGCCACUGUAUGUAACUCCCAUCUUAGAGAGAGACUGCUAUUAGACAAAUGUAUGCAGAUAUGUAGAGCUUCUGAGUUGUCACGUGAGAACAGUAAAAUAAUUCAAGGAAAUACAGUUGAGAAAGUACAUGCAAUGAAACAUACAGCAAAGAAAGAAAAGGACAAAGAUUUAAUCUCAUGCAAAUUCUGUGGGAAACCACAUGAGAGGAAUAAAACGAAAUGCCCAGCUUUUGGAAAGCAAUGUACAAAGUGUGGGAAGCACAAUCAUUUUGCUGCAAAGUCCAUGUCAAUUGAAGGGAGAGGACAAUCAGUGAAUAACGUGACUGAGACAGAUGAGAAAUACGAGGAGAUUGUGUGUUAUUACAGAGACUGUAAAUACAGGAAAAGACAGUACGGACAGCAAUGCUCAUUGGCAAAGAACUAGUGAUAUUUCAGUUAGAUUGUGGAGCAAGCUGUAAUAUUAUCCUAAUGAAUCUACUGAACCCGGUCACAGAAGUUGCGAAAACAAACCGAGUCCUGGUGAUGUACAACAAGAGCACACAACAGCCAUGCAAAUGCAAGAUUAAACUGAGAAAUCCAUGAAACAAGAAACUGUACCGUCUAGUGUGUAUAGAUGUUGAUUAGGGCUUUACAGUGCCAAUACUAGGCAGUAUGGAGUUCAGGCCAUGAACCUAGCAAAAGUGUUGUUUGUGAACAUUCUCGCUGUGCAUGGAUAGCAUUGCGACAGCAGGAACGGACACAGAGGGUCAAUGGACUAUGGAGAACAAAAAAAGGGAAUAUUUAGAUUUUGUUUUUUUAUGUAUUAUUUUUUACAUUAUUAGCUCAGAAAGUGUUUGUAUCAUUACAUACAGCUGGGAAAAACUAUUGGAUAUCAGAACGGCGGUAACUCCGUAGCAUUACGACCAGGAAUACGACUUUCCCGAAGCAGAUCCUUUGUUUGCUCUCCCCAGGGCAAUUGAACUGAUUCCAGCGGCUGACCCAAAACAUCGCCGGCGGAGGAGAGGCACUCUGAGCGGCCUGCUGGUUCGACUUAGGAGGCACGCACACCACCCACCGCUUCCAAUGAUACUACUUGCUAAUGUUCAGUGUUUGGAUAACAAAGUCGACGAGCUCAGGGCAAGGAUUUCUUUCCAGAGAGACAUCAGGGCCUGUAACAUACUUUGUUUCAUGGAAACACGGCUCUCUGGGGAUAUUCUGUCGAAAUCGGUCCAGCCAGAUGGGUUCUCAGUUCAUCGCGCAGACAGAAAUAAAUAUCUCUCUGGGAAGCAGAUGGGCGGAGGUGUGUGUUUCAUGAUUAACGACUCAUGGUGUAAUUGUAGUAACAUACAGGAACUCAAGUCCUUUUGUUCACCCGACCAAGAAUACCUCACAAUCAAAUGCCGACCGUAUUAUCUCCCAAUAUAAUUUUAUUCGGUUAUAGUCACGGCCGUGUAUAUCCCCCCUUAAGCCGAUACCACAACGGCCCUCAAAGAACUUCACUGGACUUUAUGCAAACUGGAAACCACAUAUCCUGAGGCUGCAUUUAUUGUAGCCGGGGAUUUUAACAAAGCAAAUUUGAGGACUAGGCUGCGGAAGUUCUAUCAACAUAUCGACUGUUGUACUCGGGCUGCUAAAAUCUUCGACCAUUGCUAUUUGAACAUCCAGGAUGGUUAUAAGGCCCUCCCCUGCCCUCCUUUCGGCAAAUCUGACCACGACUCCGUUUUGCUCCUCCCUUCCUAUAGGGAGAAACUCAAACAGGAGGUACCCGUGCUAAGGACUAUUCAACGUUGGUCUGACCAAUCGGAAUCCACGCUUCAAGAUUGUUUUGAUCACCCGGACUGGGAUAUGUUCCGAGUAGCUUGCGAAAAUAAUUUAGACGAAUACACUGAAAAGGUGAAUGAGUUUAUCAGGAAGUGUAUAGGAGAUGUUGUGCCCACUGUGACUAUUAAAACCUACCCUAACCAGAAACUGUGGAUAGAUGGCAGCAUUCGCGCAAAACUGAAAGUGCAAUCCACGGCAUUUAACCAUGGCAAGGUGACUGGGAACAUGGCAGAAUACAAACAGUGUAGCUACUCACUCCGCAAGGCAAUUAAACUGGCAAAACAUCAGUAUAGAGACAAAGUGGAGUCGCAAUUCAACGGCUCAGACACGAGACGUAUGUGGCAGGGUCUACAGACAAUCACAGACUACAAAAGGAAAACCAGCCACGUCGCUGACACCGACGUCUCGCUUCCGGACAAGCUAAACACCUUCUUCGCCCACUUUGAGGAUAACACAGUGCCACCGACGUGGCCCACUACCAAGGACUGGCUCUCCUUCUCUGUGGCCGACAUGAGUAAGACAUUUAAGCAUGUUAACCCCCGCAAGGCUGCCGGCCCAGACGGCAUCCCUAGCCGCGUCCUCAGAGCACACGCAGACCAGCUGGUUGGUGUGUUUACGGACAUAUUCAAUCUCUCCCUAUCCCAGUCUGCUGUCCCCACAUGCUUCAAGAUGGCCACCAUUGUUCUUGUACCCAAGAAAGCAAAGGUAACUGAACUAAAUGACUAUUGGCCCGUAGCACUCACCCCUUUGCUCUGAAACAGCAAAAUACAAGAAAAUGCAGACGCUGAUACAGACCAUUCAGUAGGGAUGGCCAAAGAAGAAAAUGGAUACACUGAAGGAUGUCAUACACUACUACUCGUUUCAAGAUAAACAAAGUAUUCAAGAUGGAAUCAUAUUCAGAGGAGAAAGAGCAGUUAUUCCAGACACAUUUAGAUGUGAAAUAACUCAACUGAUUCACUCUUCUCACAUUGGGAUUGAAGGAUGUCUCAGGAGGGCAAGAUAAUGUGUAUACUGGCAUGAACGAACAGGUUAAGACAUUCAUAGAAAAGUGCGACAUCUGCAGGUCUAGGGAUGCAAAACAACAAAAGGAGACACUUUGUCCACAUGAGCUGCCUAGUCGAACACAAGAAAAGGUAGGCACAGACCUGUUUACAUUUGAGAUAAUCUGAUUACCUUUCCAAUUUCUGGGAACUUUAUUACCGACCUGAAACAAGGUCCACCACUUUGAUCCGCAAGCUUAAAUCACACUUUGCAAGGCAAGGGAUACCAGAUGUCUGUUUCUCUGAUAAUGGACCUCAGUAUUCCUCACAGGAUUUCAAAAGAUUCAGCGAACUAUGGGAUUUCGAACACAAGACCUCGUCACCUGGUUACCCUCAAAGUAAUGAGAAAGCAGAGUCCAAAACGUCUGAUGCUGAAAGCCAAAACAGAAGACAAAGACCCUUACCUGGCUAUACUGGACCAUCGCAAUAUACCAUCACAAGGAAAGAACACGAGCCCAGCUCAAAGACUGCUGAGUAGGAGAACCAGAACUCUUCUACCCAUAAGGGAUAGUCUUCUACAACCAGAGAUAAAACAAACAAGCCAAUGCCUGAUAGAAAACCACCAAAAAAAAAGCAACCUACUAUGACCGACGCUAAGGACAUGAGAACAUUAAGAGCAGAUGAAAGUGUUAAAAUCCAACCUAUAGAACCACACACAUUCUGGAGAAAAGCAAAAGGGCUGAAAUCUGUAGAAUUUUACCCCUUUUUUCGUGAUAUCCAAUUGGUAGUUAAAGUCUUGUCCCAUCGCUGCAACUCCUGUAUGGACUAGGAAGAGGCGAAGGUCGAGAGCCAUGCUUCCUCCGAAACACGACCCUGCCAAGCUACACUGCUUCUUGACACACUGCUCGCUUAACCCGGAAGCCAGCCGCACCAAUGUGUCGGAGGAAACACUGUACAACUGGCGACCGUGUCAGCGUGCAUGCACCCGGCCCACCACAGGAUUCGCUAGAGCGCAAUGGGACAAGGACAUCCCGGCCGGCCAAACCCUCCCCUAACCCGGACGAUGCUGGGCCAAUUGUGCGUCGCCUAAUUGGUCUCCCGGUCGCGGCCGGCUGCGACACAGCCCGGGAUCGAACCCGGAUCUGUAGUGACGCCUCAAGAGCUGCAGUGCCUUAGACUGCUGCGCUACUCGGGAGGCCCCACUGGAGGUAUUCUGAGGAGGAAUCGUCGCCAUCUCAGUGGGGAUCAUAACUCAACCACAGAGCAAAGUCAACCUGGGACUAUAGGGACUGUUUCGACUCCAGAUGUGUGCGACUGGGGACACACAACAGGUCACUACCAGAUCUGGCCUCACAGUAGUCAGGUACCUGAAAGAUUUGGAAAACAAAACAGACAGAAAAGUCACUGACAAUAAUUAAAACAAAGGGAAUAGAAAAGUGACAGCUGUGAGGUGGAAAGUUCUAAAGUUUUUUUUUACUGUUUUUUAUGUCACAAAGUUGAUAUUGAGUAAUUCUGACAGUUUUGUGACACUGUAUACAGUUUUGGGAUUAUGCUGUUAUGGUAGGAUUUCACACUUACAACAACUAAAAGAAAAGAUGUAACAAUAGUAUUGUUAUAUGUUGCAGUUGGGACACUAAUGUGUAUAACACUCGUUCUUACCAUGCUACUGCAGUGACCAGCACGCCUGUAUUGAUGCUGAGAUGUUGCCCGUUAAUAAAUAAUAAUUAAGCAGCUGAAAUGCUUUAACCAUCCAUUCUGUAUAGGCUAAGAUAAGAGACAGAACAGAUAUGAAACAAUUUAGUUCCCCAAAAGACUGUGGAAUGUUCUUUCCCAAAAGCAGAGACAGGUUCGAAAACUUGAUGGAGGAUGGUAACAAAGAUAACUUCCUGUUGAGGCUUUUCGGCUUCUUCUGUGGGGUU